AUGAACUCGAGCAGCGCGGGCGCCGAGGCGGGGGUGUGCCCCACCGUGGCCGCGGCCGCCUCUUCCUCCUCCUCCUCCUCCACCGGCGGCGGCGGCGGCAAGAUGCGCAAGGAGCGCACCGCCUUCACCAAGACGCAGAUCCGCGAGCUCGAGGCCGAGUUCGCGCACUCCAACUACCUGACGCGCCUGCGCAGAUACGAGAUCGCCGUCGCGCUCGACCUCACCGAGCGACAGAUGGACAAAACACUGGGUUACUUGAAGGUUUCAGCAGCUAUUUUAGCUACUGCAGAAGAUUCAAAUUCUACAAAUGCAUAUCCUUUGCUUCUUCCAGUCUGA